AUGGCUGAAUGGGAGAAGUUGAGAAUAUUAGGGAAGGGGUCCUCUGCUAUUGUCUACAUUGCUACCAUGUUUGCUCCAGAGGAAUGCAUAGGAAAUGUGGUGGUUGUGAAGAGUUCAAUGCCUCACUCAAUAGACUUAAUUAGGAAGGGGCCACUGUUUGAGAGUGAGGCAAGAAUCUACACCAUUAUGCUUCUUAAAGGGCUUUCUUGCAUUCAUCAAGCUGGAGUUGUUCAUUGUGAUUUAAAGCCCGAUAACAUUCUUCUCUUUUCUUCAUCUAAGAACGAUGCAAAGGAUCAACUCAAGAUUGCAGAUUUUGGAUUGUCCAAGACUAAAGAAGAGAUUAUCAAUGCUGAGUAUUGGAAUUUCAGGUUUAGAGGGACACCAUUAUACAUGUCACCAGAAUCAGUUAAGGGUCAGAUUGAAACAUCAUUGGAUAUUUGGUCUCUUGGAUGUAUAGUCAUAGAGAUGAUCACUGGGUUAUAUGUAUGGAGGAACCCUCCAACUUUAAAGAAGAUGAUUCCAACUACAAAUGAGAUGAUGUACAAGCUUGCUGUCCUUGAAGAAGCACCAAAGAUACCUAAUGGAUUAUUGGUUGACGAUUGGUUCUGCAUGUGUCACGUUGUUAUUUCCUGUUCUGUUAAUUGA